AUGGCGGCGGCGCAGCCAAAUCUCGUCGGCGGCGAGCGAUUGAGCCAAGGCGGCACUGGCGAGGAGGGCGGUGGACCCUCAGAGGUGGACAAAUGGCUAGGCAGCUCGAGCUUCCCGGCGCAGCGGUCGCAGCAGCCAUCACCGCCCGCGGCUCAUGUGGAUCCGGCGAGCUCAGAUCCGGAAGUCCGCGCGGCCGGGCAGUGGCGAAGCGCAUCCACGCUGAUCCAGCAGGCGGCCACCAUUGGGCGUCGUCCUUUGGUGGAGUGA